AUGGCGCCCGCUCUGUCGCUCUUCUCGGUGAACGCCGUCAUCAUCCUCAACACGGAGGACGGCACGAGGCUCUUUGCCAAGUACUACAAUGCGCCCCACGAGGCCCUGACCGGCGGCAAGGAAGGCUCUGCUCACCCCAACCCGUACCCCGAUGUCAAGUCGCAAAAGACGUUUGAGAAGGGUCUCCUCGAGAAGACGGCCAAGCAGACCAGCGAUAUCAUCCUCUACGACAACAGGAUCUGCCUGUUCAAGAUGGAGUCGGACGUCAUGAUCUACAUUGUCGGCAGCGUCGACGAGAACGAGGUGCUCCUGUACAACGCCAUUCUCUGCAUCAGGGACAGCUUGCAUCUCCUGUUCAAGUCCAGCGUCGACAAACGCACCUGCGUCGAGAACUACGACCUCGUCUCGCUCGCCAUUGACGAGAUCAUCGACGACGGCAUCAUCCUCGAGACGGACCCCACCAUUAUCGUGCAGCGCGUGAGCAAGGCCCCCGCCCAGGACGUCGACCUGCGCCGCAUCGACCUCAGCGAACAGGGCGUCAACAACCUGGCGCAACUAGGAAAGUCGAAGCUCGCCGACUGGUUGAGGCAGGGCCUGUAG